UACACGCUCGUUCGACGGUAUGGAGUUAAUUGAGAAGCAUUUGAAGAGCAUCAAGGUGCCAACAGCGAAUGAUCGCAUCUACAAAGACGAGUGCGUUUACAGUUUCACGACGCCCGACUCGUCAUGCGGUUUAUACGUGAGUCUCUCGUCGUUUUUGGGCUUCGAUCCCGUGUAUGCCGCCAAAUAUGCCGCCGCCACGGGCAAUUGUGUGUUUUUGCACAUCAAACGAACACGCACCGAGAUCCCGCUCGAGAAGCGACGCAAACAGGAGGAAGUUACGCGACUUGCGAUCGGCGUACCCGGCGGCUUUGCACUCGACGAGACAAAAUACGAGUACGAAAUGGAGUACAAAGUCGUCAUUUUGCCGGAAAAUGUCUCAAUUCCCUACCCAAACACGGAUUUACCGAUGCUCGUGGGCAUGGCGAUUCAGGAAAUAAUUUCAGCUGAAUCGGCAACGGAGCGCGAACGUAAAGCAGCGUUAGCUGGAACAUGGGAUGGUGAAGUACGAAAAGUCAGCAAGUACGCUGAGAACUUGGAACAACACGAAAAUGGCAAAAAAAUUCCUCCGAGUGGAUGGAAAUGCGAACAAUGUGAUCUCACGUCAAAUUUAUGGCUAAAUCUCACAGACGGAUCGAUUCUCUGUGGGCGCAAGUUCUUCGAUGGGUCUGGAGGCAACAAUCAUGCCGUCGAAUAUUAUGCUCAGAAGAAAUUCCCGUUGGCAGUGAAGUUGGGAACGAUUACCGCUGAUGGCAAAGGCGACGUUUACAGUUAUCCCGAAGAUGAUAUGGUCGAAGAUCCGCAUCUGAAGAAGCAUUUGGCGCAUUUCGGGAUAAAUGUGGGGCAACUUGAGAAGACUGAAAAAUCCAUGGUAGAGUUAGAGUUGGAUCUCAAUCAAAAAAUCGGUGAAUGGGGACUUUUGACGGAAAGUUCGAGCAAAUUGGAGCCCAUUUACGGUCCCGGGUACACGGGCAUGAAAAAUCUCGGCAAUUCUUGCUACUUAAAUAGUGUGAUGCAAGUCAUCUUUACGAUCCCCGAUUUUGUCGAGCGUUUUGUGACAAAUGCCGAUCAAUAUCUCUCUAAAUUUCCCGCGAAUCCAACGGAAGAUUUCAACAUUCAGAUGGCGAAACUUGGAAAUGGGUUGCUAAGCGGUAAAUAUACUGCAUCGCCCGAAAAUAUCGAGAACGGAGAAGUUUGCGUUGUGGCUCCUGCGAUGUUCAAAACACUCAUUGGCAAGGGACAUCCCGAUUUUUCGACAAAUACCCAACAAGAUGCUCAGGAAUUCUUUUCGCACGUCAUCAAUGUCCUCAAUAAACACAGUUUGAAUCAAACAAAUCCCGGAGAUGCUUUUAAAUUCAAGGUUGAGGAUCGCGUUGAAUGCGGUUCAAGUGGCAAAGUUAAGUACACAUAUCGUGACGAAUGGUGUUUGCCCUUAAAUAUCCCCUUGCAAGCCGUUACGAAUGUCGAUGAAGUGCACGCGUAUGAGUCACGUAAAGCUGAAGCUGAGAAAAAUGGCGAAAAAUUACCCGCUGAUGAUGUUGUUCGCCCGAAAAUCCCUCUGAAAGCAUGUUUCGACAAAUUUUCCGAGACCGAAACUGUCGAACAGUUCUUCAGUAGUGCCAUUAAUGACACAACUUUUGCGAAAAAAAGCACUCGUCUUGCCACGAUGCCCGAUUACCUCGUAUUGCAUUUGAAAAAAUUCACAAUUCGCGAUGAUUGGACCGAAGUUAAGUUGGAUGUAGCAAUCGAUAUUCCCGAUACUCUUGAUUUAAGUGAAUUACGUGGCAAAGGAUUAGCUCCGAAUGAACAAGAGUUGCCAGAAUUGUCGGCGAAACCGCCAAGUCCUCCGCCAGCUGAUCCUGCCGUGAUGUCUGCUUUGGUUGACAUGGGAUUCCCUCCAGAAGCAUGCAAAAAAGCAAUAUUUUUCACGAAAAACUCCGGCUUGGAAGCUGCCACGCAAUGGAUGAUGGAGCAUAUGGCAGAUAAUGAUUUCGGAGAUCCAUUUGUUCCUCCAGGCACAGAAUCAGCAAAUAAACAAGCAAAUUUCGUACCGAAUCCGGAAGGUAUCAUGAUGUUAACUUCCAUGGGAUUCACCGAGCAACAAGCUGCCAAAGCGCUUAAAGAAACGGAUAAUAAUACGGAACGUGCUGUCGAUUGGAUUUUCUCGCAUCCUGAUGAUUUGAACUCGGGUGAUGGCAUGGGAGAACCGAUGGAUCAAUCGUCGCCAGCUGCUGAAGUUGCGCAAUAUCGCGAUGGCAAUGCAAGUAAGUACCGUCAAAAUUGAAUGAAAUCGAAUAAC